GUGGCGUCCUCCUGUCAGAAACACACACUCCCUCUGACACAUGGCUGACAGCGGGAGACGGAAGGGGUGAGAGUGAGUACGGGACUGACUGAGAUCCAGAAAGAAAGAGGCAGUCGUCCAUCUGAGGUCGGUCCGCCUGCUAUUCUGCAGCUGCGUUGGAGUCAGCGAACGGUUCUCGGCUCCGUCAGGACUUCGCAAACCACGGAGUGGGAUAAGGGGGUUCUCCCUACGUUUCGUUGCCUCGGGGAACGAGCCUCGGCUGGGGCGAUGUUAAGGCCUCGCUGGCCUCGGAUUAGGCCCCUGGGGCUGCUUCUUCGGAGGGAUGGGUGAUACCCCAGCUGGAUCUUCCGCUGUCGCCAUCCUCCACAGCUGUCAUUAGUGGCUAAUGAGCUGCUGCUAGAGAGGAAACGAAGAGGGUGCCUGUGGAGAGAGGAGGAACCUCACAGCUGUUAUUAAGAGGCCCAGAGCUCUCAGACAAGGAAUUCUUCCUUCUUUCUUUCCCUGCAAGAACGUGGAACCCUUUAAAGCUGUUUCGGAUGCAAUCAUGAAAGGAUAUCGAAUUUGGAAGUCAUUGUUUUAGACAUUUGUUUUUCAGGUGUUUUUUGUUUAUAAUACAGUAUUGGCAUAGUCCAUCCACUUUUUUGUUAAAGCUAUAUUGUUUUUUACACUUUGAUAUUAUUUUGACCGUCCUAUGCCCUGAGGGACAUCGGUCGCCAUGGCAGCAGCCUAUCGUGUCGUGGUGAGCAGUGUGAGCUGCUACAACAGUGUGGUAGUGGACCGGCGCACUCACUCCCAUGCCGUGCACUACUGCUCGGGGCCGUGUGGGGCGCUGUCCCAGGGAUUAGACUGUACCGUCGCACACCGCGGCCAAUGCUCCGAGCUGCUUGUUGCACCCGACGCUGCAUACACUGACCCAAACAGCUCGCUCAUACACUCCCAUCACAUGAUCACUCAGCAGCUUCCCAACCAUGGUAAAAUGACUGUUACUAUGGAUACUAGCUAUAAUGGUGGUAUAGAGAGGGCGGACAGCAGUGGCAAUUUGUCUAUAGGGGAGGACAGCCCCACAUGGCGUGGUAAAAAGGCCCCCACUGCCAGUGGAUCGACUGGGAACCUGAGCUCCUCUGGCAGUCUGAAGGACAUCACCGAAGAGGCCAUCAACCUGGCCAGUGGUAAGCUCAAAGAGUUCUCCUUUGACAAGCUCCGCCUCUCUUCCUCCAGCCACGUCACCUUCCGGAAAGGUCGUAAGGUCCGUCCCGACUCUCUCAGCCGCCGCUCCACUGACCUGGAGAUCAUCUACGGCCACUUCAGCUCCAACAUCACCACAAACGGAACUACUAAUGGCAUGACAAAUGGCACGGGCACGCCUAAUGAUGAGAACCUGCCACCAUUUGUGCCAGGGAAGGUAGCAAGCCUGGAGGAGACGAAGCUAAAGGGAAGCACAGCCAUCUUGUCAGCCAUCACCAAAGUGGGUGGUGGAUCGACAGGCAGCCUAUCGAGUAUGGGUGCUUUGGACCAAAGUCUGAACACAAUGGCCUCCCUGUACCGCAACACCCUGGGAGAGGAGAACCUGAUCGCCCGUCUCCUGGAGAAGACGCGAGCGGAGGCAGGUUCGGGCGGGGAGGACAUCCGCGCCUGCCUUGACAUCCUGCUCAAAUGCUCCGAAGACUUAAAGAAAUGCACCGACAUCAUCAAGCAGUGCAUCAGACACAAAGCUGGUGGAGGGCCAGAGGAUGGAGCAGCCAGUCCUGACAGCGUGUAUCGGGCCGUGAUGACCCGACUCAGCUCCUAUUUGAAGAGAUUACCUCUGGAGCUGGAGGGAAUUGGAAGUUUGGGAGGCAGUGGGCAGGGGGGUCAGGGCGCACCUGGAAGCGGACACAGCGAUCUGGCCGAGCUGGUCAACACUCUUCACUCCAUCCAGCAGGGGCCGUACUCUCCAAUAUUUGGCAACGAGCAACCUCCCCGCUACGAGGACGUGGUGUUGUCACCUCCCCUCCCAAAGACUGUUUCUCAUUCAGCAUCGUCUACUCCCUCCUCCUCAUCCUCUUUGAAAUCAGACUCCAUCCAUACAAAACCAAUCCAAAGUUCCCCGUCCAGAGCCACUCCACUAACCAAUGGACUACCGCAUCCUUCUUCUAUCACGCAACACACACUCUCUCCCCCAUCUGUCACAUGCUCUCCAUCCGGCUCCUCUCCAACACACUCCCCUUCCCCUCUUCGCACCUCCCCGACACCACCGUACGCACACACUCCUCCAGCAUCCCCCAUGGAGACUCUUUAUAUCGAGGAGGAGGAAGCAGAUGUGGGAAAGACACCGGAACAAAUCUCACACACUCCAACCAGAGGGGUGAAUGCUACCCAGAACAAAAAUGGGAUAACGUUGGGUCAACACAUGCACCUGUCCCAUCCACACACGCUCCAUAACUCUUCAAAUGCUUUGCCGGCUAGCACCGGCUAUAGCCCCGCGUGGCCUUCCUCUGCCUCACUAACAGUCUCAGCACCCAAAGCGGUCUCACACAGGAAUGAUGACAUUGACAAACUGCUGAUGGACUUGGAGAAUCUGUCUCAGAGUAUGAGCCACCCCAGAAACACAGAGCCUCCACUUCCAGCCAAAACCAGGAAGAGGGAAGGAGUCACUUCCAGUGAGGCCUUUACUCAGCCUAAAAUGGCCCAGUUCCAAGUCCAGAAGCCAGCCAACCACCUAGCCAUGAAUGGCCCUACGUCCAGGAGUCUCACUCCCCCCCGGGGAGAGAACAGUGACGCUGUGGUGGGAGAGGAGGAGGAUGGGGCACUGCUGCUGAGGAUCCUGGAGAGCAUUGAGAGUUUUGCCCAGGAGCUGGUGGAUUCGGGGGCGGGGAGCACGGGGAGUGCUGAGAGGAAAUGUGGGAAAGAGCGGGAGGUGAUGAGGCUCCUGCAGGAUACACUGGCCACCACUGGCAGGGCUGAUACCCCUGUGGAGAGCAUAAGCCCACCAGCUGCUCCCACUGCUCAGUCCAUGCACACACAGAUCCCAGCUAUACCACCAAAACACUCCCUGGCAAAUAUACCUGCGGUUUUACCUGCACCGACACCUGUAACUGCAGUAUCUGAAGCUGCGUGCAUUGCUACACCCGAAGCUGCCCCCAAACCUCUGCCUACACCCAUAUCUGAGCCUACAACUGUGGCUACAGAUAAAGUUACAGAAGCCUCCACGGGUGGGACUGAUCCAACAUCCAUCCCUGUCCCUGUAACGCCUGCACCUGCGAGCUUGCAUUCCUCCACACAUUCAGCUGAACCCACACCUGUGGCUGCGCCUGAAGCUCCGGCCCCUGUUGCCAUCCCAACUGUGGUCGCCGCAAGAGAUGCUGCCGUUGCCGUUGGCGACCCUGCUGCUGUGAGAGACACUGGCUCAACCCUCCUCAUCCAGCAGACUCCAGAGGUGAUCAGGGUCCAGUCCAAACCGGAGAAGAAACCAGGCACACCUCCACCAGCCCCGACCCUGACCUCAACCACACCUACACCAACCCCCACGCCCACGCCCACGCCCACACCGCGCUCACCCAGUCCUCCUCCGGCUCCGGUGAUAGUCACCCCUCCUCCGCCGGCCAUCAACAUUCCCAGGUUCUACUACCCCCGUGGGCUUCCUGCCAUGGGCCCGGUCACCAACCACGACGCCGCCAUCGCUGCCAUCGAGGCGGCCUUCACUGAGUUUGAGGAGGAGAAGGCGGACAUAUAUGAAAUGGGCAAGAUCGCAAAGGCAUGCGGGUGUCCACUCUACUGGAAGGCCCCCAUGUUCUACUCGGCAGGCGGUGAGAGGACGGGCUUUGUCUCUGUUCACUCCUUCAUUGCAACCUGGAGGAAGUUGUUGCACAGCUGCCACGAUGAUUCGUCGAGGUUCAUCUCCCUGUUGGCCAAACCCAGCUGUAACUACCUGGAGCAGGAGGACUUAAUCCCUCUACUGCAGGACAUCGUGGAUACGCAUCCUGGGCUCACAUUUCUGAAGGAUGCACCGGAGUUCCACUCCCGCUACAUAACAACGGUGAUCCAGCGGAUAUUCUACGUGGUGAACCGUUCGUGGACGGGUCGUAUGACCAUGAUGGAGCUGCGUAGGAGCAACUUCCUGCAGACCUUGGCCCUGCUGGAGGAGGAGGACGACAUCAACCAGAUCACUGACUACUUCUCCUACGAACACUUCUACGUCAUCUACUGCAAGUUCUGGGAGCUGGACACUGACCAUGACCUCUACAUUGACCCCAAAGACCUGGCGAGAUACAACGACCAUGCGUCCUCAAACAGAAUCAUUGAAAGAUUGUUUUCAGGGGCCGUUACGCGGGGUAACGCUGUGCAGAGGGAAGGCAGGAUGAGCUACGCUGAGUUCGUCUGGUUCCUCAUGUCUGAAGAAGACAAGAAAAAUCCCACCAGUUUAGAGUACUGGUUCCGCUGCAUGGACGUGGAUGGCGAUGGCGUCCUGUCCAUGUUUGAGUUGGAGUAUUUCUACGAGGAACAGUGUGAGAGGAUGGAAAGGAUGGGCAUCGAACCGCUGCCCUUCCAGGAUCUGCUCUGUCAGAUGCUCGACCUGGUCAAACCUGAGAGUUCAGGUAAGAUAACCCUGGGUGAUUUGAAGCGCUGCCGGAUGGCUCACAUAUUCUUGGACACCUUCUUCAACCUGGAGAAAUACCUGGACCACGAACAGAGAGACCCAUUUGCUGUGCAAAAGGACAUUGACAGUGAAGGUCCAGAGCCAUCUGAUUGGGAUAAAUAUGCCUCAGAGGAGUAUGAGAUACUGGUAGCGGAGGAGACUGCAAAUGAACAGCUACAUGAAGGGUCCUUUGACGACGACUAUGAAUCCGAGGAGCUUCAAGUAUCCGGAGAGAUUGGGAAUAAAAUGGAAAAUCUGGUCAUAUCAGACCUGUCAGCGUAAAACUCCUUCCCUGGAAUUCCUGGGCCUUUCUUUCUGGAAAACUAACAGGAACACAGUGAUAGAAGGUGCCCUUGGAUGGAUGCAUCAAAAAAUACAUGGAUGUAAAGACGGAGAGAGAAAACGCUUUUGGCAUCUGUUUCUCGAUGACUCUGGAGUCUCCUCAGAACGGACUCGGACGUUUUUUCGUUUUUUUUUGCGUGUGUGUGUGUGACCGUAAAACCAGUACUGUUCUGUGUCUGGUGCAAUAACGGAUCUGUAGACAUACAGAAAACUAUUUCACUGCCUCCAGCUCUUCGCUCCAUCCAAGAGAACAAAGCCUACGAUGGGGGUGGGGGGAGACGUGUGUGAUAAGCUCUAAAAGGAAUCAAAACUGUAAAAUAAUGUAAUUAUGAAUUCUAUACAGACAAUCCUGCCAGAAGACAAUCAUCUAAAGGUAGACAGACAGGUAGACUGUCAGUUACACAAACAUAUAAUUAUAGUGAUAGGCACUGAAAACCUGCAGUCAUCUGCUCAAUAAUGAUACAUACAGACAGACACUGCCAUCAGAAACCUGCUGCCUGUGCAGCGUGUCACUGUGUUCCUUGUAAAGGAAGCUGUUAAACCUCCGGUCUCUUCAGGGAGGAAUCAUGUAACAGUUUGGGUUGAUUGUAACAGCACCUCUCUGUGGCCAGUCUGUGCUACUGCAUGUCAUCACUGUUGUGCACGGUGCGUAACGGGCUGGCCAACUUCUCCUAGAGGGAGUUCAGUUCACUGCACACACAAUCUGAGCUGCUCUAUUAUUAGUGCGGCGUUAUCAGCUCUCCACCUCUGGACUCCUUUUGCAGUCGUUUUUUAAAAAGUUUCUGACUACAUAUAGACUGAAAGGUACCACUUCAUUGUGUUAAUUCUCAAUCAGGUCAAAGUUAGACACGUGCACAUAAAAUGAUGCAAACAUAUCAAACUCUCUGGUAGAGUUGCCCACACAUUUCCACCUGUAACAUGUUUGUAAUAACGCAAUAGAUACGCAUAAGAACUGUGAGUUGUCCUGUCAGUCUCAUGCAAUAACCCAGCACAUCCCACUGUGUGUUUUCUCACAUCCUUGUUGAUUGUGUACAGUACCUGGUAAUUACUUUUAUCUGCUUUUGAAAUUUAUGCCAAAAAUUGUCAUUUUUCCGCUUAAACAUCUCAUUGUCAUACACCGAAACGUCCAUUCUCCCUGUACCACACAUACAGUACCAAACACACCACUAAGGAUGCCUCUUAAAGGGCCAGUUCACCCAAAUUAUGUAAACAUAUAUUCUCACGUCUCUAGUGGUAUCUAGCCUGCAGAUAGUUUUGGUUUUAUUUGCAGAAGUUUUGUGAAAUCUGUCUCUGAGAUUUUUGCCUCAACCACAUUACAAUGGAAAUGAAUGGAAUUUGUGGCACUUAAAGAGGACCUAUUUGCUUUUGUGCUUUUCCCCUUUCGUUUAGUGAGUUUUUUUGUGAA